AUGGAUUCCGAUAUCGGAUGUAAAGUGUUCACGUUCCUAGCUCAUCUGUCCGAUUUCAACUGUGUGUGGAUGAUUUCGUGGAUAUCAUGUGAUCGAAUGGUAGUCUUAUAUCGUCCAGGUUUCCGCAAAUGGGUGUGCACGAAACGAUUCGCUCGAAAUUGGAUGAUCUGUACAUUGCUGACCUCAAUAGUAUUUUAUAGUUGGGUUUUUAUGUUCGCCGGUCUCGAGGAGUACAAGGAUGAUUUGUUCUGUGGCCUUAGCAGUAAGGCUCAAGUAUUUGGGUAUCCGGUAGCCGAUCAUUACUUUCUGUUCACACUCCUCGACACAGCGAUCUGUACGUUGCUGCCGGCGAUUCUGAUCAUGUUCGUCAACUCGCUGUCAAUUUACCGCUAUCGCCAAUGUAUGCGUAUUUACUCAUCCGGAGUAUUACGAGUACGGUUCGACCGAGCCUCGAACGGCAAUCCCAUUCCUUAUGAGGAGACGACGGCAAAAAAGCUGUUGCUGAGUCAAACGCACACCAACAGCCACAUGUCGACACAAUCAAAUCGCUCCACAUGUGGGAAACUUCGUUCGUCCGAUCUACAGCUCAGUCGUACGCUACUCAUCGUGACCAGUCCACAGAUGAAGAAGCAAUUGAAACCAACGGCGAUACGUCUACUUGAGUGCUACUGCUUCAAAACAGUACCAGAAUUUGGUCAUCGCUCCACUUCUCUUCAGGGUUUCAAUUGA